AUGGCAGAUAUGAGAAGGAUAUUAGCAACAAGUCAAGAGUUGGAGCAAGGUCAGGAAGAAAUGAGGAGAGCUGAUGCUAGGAUGAAACGUGAGGCAUUAGAAAGAGGUGAGAAGGCUUUGGAAGAUAGGGCUGUUAGUGAAGGUGAAAUCAAGGUUGAGAGUCAGGAAGAAACUGUGAAACAAACAGCUAAGACACCUAGCCAGGGUUCUGCCACCGAACAGCUUUUGCCACCAACGGAUCCUCCUCCUGAUCCUCCUGCUCUUGGAAAUGGCGGCUCUCCUUCCGAGAUGGAUGAGAAGAAAACGGCCGUCGACAAGGGAGAUGGCACGAUGGUUAGCCCUGGAAUGCCGAAGGUUGUGGAUGUGGCGACUCCAGGAGGACAGUCGGCGGGAUCGGCUAGCAUGACUGAGUCAGCUAGGUCUAGAUCACAGGCGUUUGAGAAGGGUUCGAAAGAUGAGGAGCCACGUUUUUCAACACCUGAGGAACAGAAUUCGCGUUUGAAGCCAGGAACUGAAGACGAGGACUCUGCCUGGCUGCAUCGUUGUGAAGUUGAGGAAAGGGAAGAAAAGGAGGCUGCAAGACCCCCAUUCCUCCCUGAGGCUAGUCGAAACGAGAGUAAUGCUGCCACAUCCGGCGACGCCGGACAAGCAUUCUCUCGACAGGCUCAAGCAGCGUUUACCGCAGAGUUUAAGACCCCAAAGGAGGCUGCUAGACCCCCACAGAAGGAGCGAGCACCAGAUCCAUUUGAAGCAGAGGAGGAGACGGGCAUGAUCAGAGGAGUGGAGGUGGUGAGAACUGGCAUACCUGAUUUGACAACUCUUCCUCAGUGGUCAGCACACCAAGGACCACUGCAACUGGGCGAUUGGCUGUUGACCUUGGAGCCGAUCGUUGCAGACCUUUCUGCGAGCUCUGAACUUUGGUGGUCCAUGAUGAUCAAGGCCUCUGAACAAUGGUAUCAGCGGCACAUGGCGAUGUCGCCUUUGGAUCGAGUUCAAGAUGACGUACGUCCUCCUGCUGAAGUGAGUGUGGAGAAGCGGACCAGGCUUGAACGCAGGAUGGCUGCGAUGCUGUUGCAGGCUGUGCCAGAGACGGUCAAAGAAGAGUUGAUAUCAGCCCGAAGGUUGAGUGUCUUUGGGAUCCUGACUCAGUUGCUGCUGACGUAUUGCCCGGGAGGAGUGCUGGAGAAACAAACCCUCCUGCGCAACCUUGAGGACCCGGUGGAGGUCGCAUCAAUCAGUGAUCCACCAGCUGUCAUUAGAAAGUGGUUGAGGUGGAAGCUGAGGACGCAGGAGAUUGGAGCAGUGACCCCCGAUCCAGCUAUCCUCUUGAAGGGGUUGAACAAGCUGACGAAGCGGGUGUUUGAGGCACACAAGAAGCUUCGGUUCCGAGUCAGUUUGGCCAGGAACUCUUUGGGUGUUGACGCACGCCCCACAGACAUUUCAGUCGGACAAUUGGCAACUCACCUCUUGGCGGAGAUUGAGCAGGUUGCCUUGUCAGAGAAGCGGGCUGCUGCUGUGACCUCGAAGGUGGAGCCAAAGAUCAAGUCCAUGGAUGCGGAGAAAGGGAAGCAGAAGCAGAAAGAGAAGUCAGGUGAGGAGGAAAAGCCAAAGAUGAAGUGCCGCUUCUACUUGACUGACUCAGGAUGCAGAAGAGGCAAGGAGUGCACUUUAGCCACGACGUCAAGGAUGAGAAGCGUCGUUGCUACACCUGCGGAAGCACCGAACACCUUGCCCCAGCUUGCACAAGAUCUCAUGGACCUUCUUCAGAAUCCAAUCCCACGAAGCCAAGGGUUGCCAAGGCCGAGGGGGAGGAAAAAGGAGGUGGUUCUGGAGGAAGAAUCAGGUGUUUCAAGCCAGUCAAGCCAGAGCGAAGUGGUGAAAGACUUGCUUGAGGAGGCCGAUGCUGAAGUCGUUGUCGAGUUCUACAAGCCAGGCAUCAUCAGCGUCUGGUCUAUCUCCAGAGGAGGAGAGGAGAGAAAGGAUGUCAUGGAGCGUCUUCAACAGCAGCUGAAGUCUAUGAAGACGUUCAAGAUGAAAAAGUUGAAUGUUGGAAAUGAUGUGGGCUUGGUGGAUUCAGGGGCGACACACCCUCUUCGUCCUCGAUUUGAAGGCGAAGACACUGAGCUCUACCCAGUGGUGGAAGUUUCUUUGGCCGAUGGUCGUGCAGUGCGGCUGAAGAUGUCUCCUGGUGGUGCCAUGAUUUUGCCAUCAGAGGCGAUUGAACCAAUCAUCCCCAUGGGAAUGUUGUCGCAGAAGCUGAAUUGCAGCAUCUCAUGGGACCAGGGAACUAUGUGCAUCAAGCAUCCUCAACGACGGCAUCUCAAAGUGAUGAUGAAGGGCGGUUGUCCCCACGUGACGAGGGCAGAAGCUUUGACAUUGAUCUCCGAAUUGGAGGACAUCAAGCUUGGCAUCCCGAGGGAGGCGGUGGAGUUCAAUGCUGAGGUGGCUUGGAUGGAGAAGUUGGCUCAACAACACCCUGUUUUGUCAUCGUUGCCGAGCCAUGUCAAGGAGCGCUUGUUUGUGAAUCCAGGCGACUGGUCAUGUUUGCCCAGCAACCGCCACUCCAGGAAGAGAUGGAAAAGGAAUGGCAUUAUGCUGCACCUCUACGCAGGGCCUGAUUCUGGAUUUACCCUGCGCCAUGCCCUGAAGCAGCUUGGAGAUUCAGUGGAAAGUUUGGUUGAGGUAGAUGCUUUGAGAGGUGAAAGCCAUGACAUGUUGCCUGUUCGGCGUUGGGGAGGUGAGGAGUUCGGCAUUGAAGAUGCAACGGAGGAGGAACAGAAGAAACUACAUGAUGAUGACAUUCUCAUGUGGCGCUGUGUAUUUUUGUACAUGGUGACAGCGUGCAUGAGAAGAGCCAGAAAGAUCGAUGCGGAGGUGGUCUUUGCUUUGGAGCAGCCUGCUUCACCACAUGACUUCAUGCCAGAGGUCGUCAGCUGGUGGGACACAAAGGAGUGGAAAGACCUUGCGAAGGAGUUUUCUUUUGAGGAAACCACCUUCAACUAA